AACUGUUAAAGAGGAAUAAAACACUCACGUUCGAAACGGGCCGAUCGUAUGAUCUCACCGUGGCUGAGCGCGUAUAUCACUAGUAGUAAGCAUCGUUCGAACGACCAAUUCUCUCUCUCUCUAAGACCACCAUGACCACAUCUCUUGACCUUCUUAAACAGACUGGAACUGUUGUUGUCUCCGACUCCGGUGACUUCGAAUCAAGGGCGGGUGACCUCGAGCAUCAAACUAAUGCUGCUAUGGACCGUCUGCUUGUCGAGUUUGGCAAGGAGAUUCUUGCUAUCAUCCCUGGUCGUGUAUCGACGGAAGUCGAUGCUCGUCUCUCCUUUGACAAGGAGGGCACCAAGGCUAAGGCUAAGGAGCUCAUUGCCCUCUACGAGUCUGUUGGUAUCAAGAAGGAGCGCGCUCGUGAACUCGAGCGUGAUGACAACAUCCACUGCAACUUGACCCUUCUUUUCGGUUUCGGCCAGGCCGUCGCUUGCGCUGAGGCAGGUGUCACCCUCAUCUCGCCCUUCGUUGGACGUAUCCUCGACUGGUACAAGAAGUCGACGGGCAAGACCUACGAGGGUGAUGCGGACCCUGGUGUCCAGUCCGUGAAGAAGAUCUUCAACUACUACAAGCAACACGGCUACAAGACCAUCGUCAUGGGUGCUUCCUUCCGUAACGUUGGCGAGAUUAAGGCCCUUGCUGGUGUUGACUUCCUCACCAUUGCCCCCGCGCUGCUCGAGGAACUCAAGAACUCGACCGAGCCCGUUCCAAGAGGCUCGACGCCCGUGUUGGUCUCUUUCGUCGACAACGAGCCCGAGUUCCGCUGGACCCUUCUCCAGGACUCGAUGGCAUUCGACAAGUUGCACGAGGGUAUCAAGAAGUUUGCUGAGGAUGGUGAGACCCUCAAAAGCUCCUCCGCCAGAAGUUGCGUGCUUGAGUUUUCGGCGAUUAUAACAAGGGAAUGAGUAGUUGUAAUAAUACUGUAGUUACACUUCGGUUCACAUUAACAAAAUCCACCGUGUAUUUGGCAAUAGACUUUUUCUUCUGCGCAUUGCUAGCAUAUAUAUUCACC